GCUACACCUUCUCUUCUCUCGAGCUCUUCCACGGACGCGGGGUGCGUCAGAGUGCGUCAUUGUGCGCCGCGCCUCCUCCUCGCCUCUGCCACGUCACUGCUGUUAUGGGCAACUGGAGUAACUGCAGAUACUCGUAACUAACCGCGGAACAGAGAAGUGGCAAACUGUGAAUUCAACGCUGCUUGUACCUGAGACAUUAAUUCACCAACAUAUCCUGUGAGUGUGGACCGCGCUGCCCUGAUGAUUCUGGAUGAGACUCCCCUCUUUGACCCCGGCCUCCUGAAGGAGCUGGACUGGAGUCAGAACACGGUGCAGUUCAGCCCCCCCAUCUCCCCAUCACAGCCUGGGGAGGGGCUCCUGCUGCGGCCUCUCUGCCCCGCAGACCUCAACAGAGGUUUCUUCAAAGUCCUGUCCCAGCUCACUAAGGCUGGAGAUGUGACUCCUGAACUGUUCAUAAAGACAUUUGACCACAUGAAGCGGACAGGGGAUUAUUACAUCACUGUGGUGGAGGACACAAACCUGGGGCAGAUCGUCGCCACAGCAACGCUCAUCCUGGAGCACAAGUUCAUUCACUCCUGCGCCACGAGAGGGAGGAUAGAGGAGGUCGUUGUGAGCGAUAAAUGCCGUGGGAAGCAGCUGGGCAAACUGUUAGUGUCAGCAAUGACUCUUCUUAGCAAGAAACUGGACUGUUAUAAAAUCACACUGGAGUGUCUACCGAAGAAUGUGGCCUUCUAUGAGAAAUUUAGCUACAGUUCGUCGGCAGAAACCUACAUGCAGCACAGGUUCUUUGACUGAGAUAUGAACUCUUAAUCUUUUACCCCAUCCUCUCCUCCCACCUCCCUCAAAUGAAACCCAAGAACAUGGCUGGCCACACACACACACCUCCCCCAAAAUCCUUGAACUUCGAACACUUCUUUCGUAUUUUAGAGACCUUUCUUCAGUGGUCAACCUAAAAAGCAACAUGCAGAUUAAUGCAUUCAGUCCAUUCAUUCUGCCCUGCAAGAGUAAACUGCUGGACGCACCAUGGUUUUAAAACAAACAGAGCCAACAGCAGCUGCCCUGGAGUUGAAACGCACAGACUCGUGUCAAAGCAGGGAAACCCUGGGUGCUGAUAACUUGAUGAUUUCAACUUCGUCAUGUAACCAAAGGCAUUGCAAUGGGGGUAUAGAUGUGCUAUACAAGCUGUUUGCUGCUCAGCGUAUGAAGGCUCACUUUAUGCAUUAUGAAAUAGACAUUUCAAUCAAAGGACCUCCUUGAUUUGACUUUCCAAUGGCUAUGCACAGGGUUUUGUAGUACCUGAAUCCUGAAUUUCAAAAUCGCUGCAGGUGUGUAAUCAAACAAUUGGUACAUUGCAAAACCUGUUUCCUUAGCAUCCUGAUUAAGAUGUGCAGCAAUACAGCACGUCCACUUUGAGUUCCAUGAUUCUAACUUGUUACUGCUCAAGUUUUUUUUUUCCCUCCUAAAUAAUUUAUAAUUUCUUUUUUAAAAAGUUGUCAAACAUGUAUAAUAUUUAUAUGGUGAAGGGAUAGAAAAAUAUAUAUUGUGUAGGAAUUUAGCAGCUUUAUCAUUUUUAGUGUACUCUCUAUUCUAUUACAUACAGUGCAUGAAAAGAAAUGGUGGGGUUAAAUAAAAAAAAAAAAAAGUUUAAUUUUUAUUUAUUUGCAAUGUAAACAGAUUUUUUUUUGUUCAAAUAAAAAUAACUGUUUCAAACAUGUUGCUUUUUUACUUCCCUUAUUAUAAUUUAUAGAACCUGACAGUUAAUUCUGACAAUUUUGUUAAACAUAUUACUUAAAAGGGCAAAAUAAUAAUCACUAUAAAAUAACAGCCAUUAAUCUUACAAAGAACAUGUAAUUAAGUACUCAUAAGCGUGCCUGUGUUGUUUGUUACCAAUUAUGUUACAUUAUCUUAAGUUUUAUUCUACUUUUACAAAAAGAUGGUGAAAAUGUAAUUAUGGUGAAAAAUAAUUCUGCCCCAGUGUAUCAAUUUACUUACACCAGCUACUGUGAAUGAGGAACCUCUCCCCUAAGAAGCAGAUGAGCAUAUUAUUAAACAAAUGAUAAACAUUCAGAAUUCUAAUAGUUUGGUUUAAUUCCAGAAUUCUAGAAUCUCCAAAUUCAAUGAAUUAAAUAUAUCAGUACUAAAAAACAAAACAUUGGCAUCACAAUUGGACAUCUUUAACUUUAAGUAACAUUGCAUUGUCGAUUCUGUUGAAAGAAUAAUAAACACAGAAACCAGGUAUAAGCAAACUGCAUUUACUGAACAUUUUAUAAAUACCAUUAAGAUUUAUUUCAUUAUUUUUUUUUUACAAAUUAGAACAUUUUUCAGAAUACUUUUGUUUUGCUAGAGCAGUAACUCAUGGAGAAUUUAUUUUUAUUUAAAACCACCAUUAGAUUCCUUUUCUCUCUCCAUGUACUGCAACAUUCUUCCAAAAUCGACAGGAGACCCUGCGUCUCACAAAGACUUCCUAUUUAUAAACUCACUGCAAUUUUAUUUCUUUUUUUUUUUGCAAAAGGUGAAGACAAUUUAAAAUGUGUGACAAGGUUAACCCUACCUUUCUUAAAAUUAAAAUUACUCAAUAUAUGCAGUCUAUCCUCACGAACAGGAAUUAAUAAACAUCAAAAGAAACGUAGCACUUGCAAAUCUGCAAUGCCAAAUGUUUUCCCAACAAAGAAUGAAGAAACCUGCUCCUGCAGCGUGCCAGGCAGCACAGCCAGUUUCCAGCAGACCUGGAAAACAGAAGGGAUGGAAAUGUGUUGCCCUUGCCAUGACUUAAGCCAGUGGACAACACUAAACAAACUGCCACAAGCACAGUUUGAGUGCAACAAGACAGCAGAGUCGUAGUGUACGACGAGCGUCAUUUCAUGGGAAAUAUUGAAGUGUUUAUUGUGCUUUAAAAAAUAAUUUAAAAAAAGGUCUGCAAAAAUCAGGUAGUUUUCUGCAAACUGGAUCAGGGUUUCUCUCAUCUGCUUCAAACCUGCGCAUAAAGUGGAUUGUUUUUACUAACAAUUCUCCCUCCCCCCCAAAAAUAGUUACAAUUCAAGUAUCCAAAGUACAUUAUUGCAAUAUCGCCCCGCAGUUAAUAAAUGCAUUAAAUACUAUGAAACUGCAAAAAAAAAAAAAAAAAAAAAGUUCAGUGCAGUCAGUU